GUUAAUUUACUUCCUAAAAAGGAUUAUUUAAUUGCAAGAUUCUAAACUGGAUUAUUCCCACAAUACACCUUUGUAAAUAAAAACCAUUAAUCCUUCACAAAUACAGAGUCGUGAACUUAACGUCUCUCUCUAUUCCUCUGCUUCUCUCUUUCUCCCUGUGAAAAAAUGGACUCGGUGGCUCUCUACUGCACCGCUGGUCUCAUUGCCGGCGCCGUCUACUGGUUCAUAUGCGUCCUAGGUCCAGCAGAACGAAAAGGCAAACGAGCCUCUGAUCUCUCCGGCGGCUCAAUCUCCGCAGAAAAAGUCAAAGACAACUAUAACCAAUACUGGUCUUUCUUCCGCAAACCAAAAGAGAUCGAAUCAGCCGAGAAAGUACCUGACUUCGUCGACACGUUCUACAAUCUUGUCACUGAUAUCUACGAGUGGGGAUGGGGACAAUCUUUCCAUUUCUCUCCUCAUGUCCCUGGAAAAUCCGACAAAGACGCCACAAGAAUCCACGAAGAAAUGGCCGUCGAUCUCAUCAAAGUGAAACCGGGACAAAAGAUUCUUGACGCUGGUUGCGGCGUGGGUGGGCCGAUGAGAGCCAUCGCGGCCCAUUCCAAGGCCCAAGUCACUGGAAUCACUAUCAACGAGUACCAAGUGCAACGAGCCAAGCUUCACAACAAGAAAGCUGGACUUGAUUCUCUCUGCAACGUCGUUUGUGGUAACUUUUUAAAGAUGCCGUUCGAUGAAAACACGUUUGACGGAGCUUACUCGAUCGAAGCUACGUGUCACGCUCCUAAGCUCGAAGAAGUAUACUCGGAGAUCUUCAGAGUGAUGAAACCAGGAUCUUUGUUCGUGUCCUACGAAUGGGUCACCACUGAAAAAUACAGAGACGAUGACGAAGAACACAAGGACGUGAUUCAAGGGAUCGAGAGAGGAGACGCACUUCCUGGACUAAGAAGCUACGCUGAUAUAGCCGUGACGGCGAAGAAAGUUGGGUUUGAGGUAGUGAAGGAGAAAGAUUUGGCUAAACCACCGUCUAAACCGUGGUGGAACCGGUUAAAGAUGGGAAGGAUUGCUUAUUGGAGAAACCAUGUUGUGGUUGUGAUUCUUUCUGCUAUUGGGGUUGCUCCUAAAGGAACUGUUGAUGUUCAUAAGAUGUUGUUUAAGACUGCUGAUUAUUUGACCAGAGGUGGUGAGACUGGAAUCUUCUCUCCGAUGCAUAUGAUUCUCUGUAGAAAACCAGAGAAAGCUUCUGAAUGAAUGAUUGAGAAUCUUCUUCCUUGUUCUCGUUUUUCUUCUUCUUUCUUUCUAAGUUCAUGUUUUGCCCCUUAAGAAUCUCUUUGUCGUCGUAUUAAUGUUAUCACUUUGUUGUUUAUUGUAUUUUUUUUUUUCAAUUUGAUUUGUUUAAAUUGAUGAUGGAUCACUGGAAAUUAGUUUUUCGCUCUUCUUAAAUAGUUUCUGAAAGAAUUAGCCGGGAAAUUCUAUUGGAGUGAUCCUUUACCUUUUUAAAAUUUUGUAGAGUUUACAAGUCUCUGUUUAGUUUUAAUUUCUAAGAUCAAACUCGGAAUAAACCGGAUUAGCACGUCUAUAGAGUUGCAUAAACUUUUAGUAUCAUCAAUGAGGGUAGUUUGGUAAGUCCUUAGGUGUCAC